ACUUCCGGUCAGGUGACCAAUGACGUGCCUGAGGUUGAGCAAUAUGGCGGCCCCCGUGUAGCCGCAGCGUUCCCGUCGUUAUGAUGGAUGUGACAGUGUACAGUGUGUGUGUGUUAGUGUGUGUGAGUGUGUGUUGUGUGAGGUGUGAGGAGAGUCGUGCUCAGGACUGCGGCUGUAACAGUAACACACUCUCCCGGCCUGAGGGACCGCCGCGUGCAGCGGAGGAGGAGGAGGAGGAGGAGGGGGAACAUCCGGGACUUAAAUAUUCUAAACGCGCCAAUGAAGAGUUUGUGAAUAAACCGGAAGUUCUCAGUAAGAUGGUACUGCUGCAGGGUGGAUGGUUCCUGAUGGGAACAGAUGAUCCUGGUGUCCCUCAGGACGGAGAAGGACCUCAGCGCCGGGUUUGGGUCGACCCGUUCCAUAUCGACGAGCACGAAGUCACCAACCUGCAGUUCCAAUAUUUUUCUAACAUCACACACCAUGUCACAGAGGCAGAGCGUUUUGGAGACUCAUUUGUCUUUGAAGGAUUACUGAGUGAAGAAGUGAAGAGCUCUUUAUCUCAUGCGGUUGCUGCUGCCCCCUGGUGGUCACCUGUUAAAGGCGCAGACUGGAGACACCCAGAGGGUUCUGAUUCCUCUAUAACACACAGGAUGGACCACCCGGUGCUGCAUGUGUCCUGGGCCGAUGCUCAGGUUUACUGUGAGUGGGCGGGGCGCAGGUUACCCAGUGAGGCUGAGUGGGAGUUUGCCUGCAGAGGAGGACUAGAGGACAGGAUGUACCCAUGGGGUAAUAAGCUGAAGCCCAGGGGGCAGCACUACGCUAAUCUGUGGCAGGGAGAGUUUCCCAUCCACAAUACGGCUGAGGACGGCUUCGCUCAAACCUCACCGGUAAAGAUGUUUCCUGCGAAUGCGUUCGGUCUCUAUGACAUGGUGGGAAACGUGUGGGAGUGGACAGCAGACUGGUGGCAUGUCCAUCACACCCAAGACCACGCCCACAACCCGAAAGGACCAGAAACAGGAAGUGAGCGAGUGAAGAAGGGAGGAUCCUACAUGUGUCACAAGUCGUACUGUUACAGGUACAGGUGUGCAGCUCGCAGUCAGAACACUCCUGACAGCUCGGCCUCUAACCUCGGCUUCCGCUGUGCAGCUGAUGCCCCACCAUCACCUCUGACCCCUGACCCCUUAUAGUCUCUGCUGUACUGUUAACCUCACGAUAGGGUCUUAAUGAACACUUAAAGGACACUGUAAUGAUGUGCAGAUGGAGUUUUUUUUUUAUCUGAUUCUUUUUUUAAAAUAAAUAAAUAAAUGUAAAUAAGC